AUGAGCAAUCCUUUACAAAAUACAAAUAAUAUCCCAAACACUGAAGGUUAAAAUUUUAAAAUUAUAUUAAGGUUGGAAUUAUAAAUGUGAGACACCUUCUGGGCCUCUUCCUGUUGGUUAAAUAUAUUUUGGCCUCAAUUGUUUCUAUGGUAGCAAAACUGUAGAAGGAGGGUAUAUUAUGAUAUAUGAUCUACCUCCUCACUAUUAAGUUAGGGUGGCAUUCAAAUAUAAAUCGUAAAUUAUGUAUUGAAUAACUAGCUGGUUGAUCUUGAAAUCAAUUAAUUACGAAUAAGAAUCCUAUCUUUUUGCUGAUGGAAAGGUUAUUUUUUAGUAUUGAAAAUAUCUUAUUUUAGUGAGACAAAUAACUUUUUUUUUUUCUAUUCUGGUGCAUUUUCAGGUGAGUUUUCCCAUACAUCAGAGACCCUCCUACUAGAAUUUUUGUAAUUGGGAGAUAUUCCAGCAGUAUUAAUGUCUCAUUCUAAUUAGAUGUCAACUUCUGGAUUUAGAGAAUUAACCAUUGAUUUGGUAUUAUGUCCAUCUGGUUGCUAAAGCUGUAAUUCGAACAUUCUUGCUUCCUGUAUAAUUUGGUCUGUGAUUGAUUAUAAAAUGAAAGCUAAAGACUUAUAUAAUUUCAAUAAUGAUGGUUGGAAACCACUUGGAGAAAAACCAGCAAAUAUUUAUAAAUGUGGAAGUAGAAUUAUUUAUAAGAAUAGGGGAAACAUAGUUUUAUUUUUUUGGAUUUUUUGAUAAGACAACUAAAUUAGAAAAAACUGUCUUCCUGUAACCCCAUUAUGCAAUAUAGAUCUAAUUUCUAAUAAUAUACAUAAAUUUUAAUCGAUAAACUAAACCAACAACUACUAUUUUAUUUAAUGAUUUAACUGUUUAUGAAAUUGUUGAACUUCUUGAUGUUUUACAGUUGAUGAUUUGUAACUACAUACCUUCAGAAUAAAUGUCAUCACCUACAGGUGAUUAAGUGACCAGAGUUAAUUUUUAAAGAGCUCAUAAUCAACCUAUUUUAAAAAUAACAAUUGCAUAAUAAUAAGCAUCAGACAUAAACACACCUUGGGGAAUAAGGGAUUUUAGAAUAUUAUUGAAAAAAUGCCAUUCUAGCUGCUUAUAUAGUUGUUCAGGUCCUUUAAUAUCUGAUUGCUUUAGUGCAAAUAGCAUAUUAAUGUAAUUUGUUAGUUUCUUCACUGAUUCAUAACUUAUUUCGUUUGAUGGAUGGAAUUAAAUAUCUGUUUACACCGAUAACAAAAUUUGCAAUGGUUAGUAAAUUAUAGGAGGAGUGUAGGAUAUAUCUAUUUAAAAAUUAUCUUAUACUAUUUUUAACCUACCCCAACAUAGUUAAAUUUUUAUUUAAUUUUUAUUUUAUUAAAUAGAUUCAUUUCAAAACAACGAAAAAUUAUAUGUUGAUGUAGAUGAUGUCAUAGUUUAUGAAUAAUAGUUAGUUUAUAUUAAUGAUUUAUCUAUUGGUUCAAAAUUAUGCGGAAAUACUCAAUAACUUGAUACUUCCUUUUAAGUUAAAGUCAAUUCAAUAGACCAUGCUUCUAAUAAUGCUAUAAUUAAAUUUUAUGUAUUAGGAACAACUACUGUUGGUAAUUAUAUUUACUAAUUAGGACGUUGGGGAAUUCGAGAACUAUAAAUCAAAGCUGAUAUGAAACUAGUGGCCUAAUCAAUGGUAAAGGAUGAUAAAACGGUAAUAUCUUGGCAUAGAUUUACUGACACCCUAUAAAUACUGAAUUGUUAAAAUUUGAAUUUUAAACUAAUUUAUAUUCAGAAAAAUACAAUCCUCCGUAAAAAACUAAAGGAUAUUCCAAAUCAUACUAGAAUUUUCAUUAAAUUUGAAGUAGUAGUCGUUUAUCAAUUCAAAUUUAAUAAUUCUAAAUAUCUUUACUUGUAAAUUGACGGAUAAAAUGUUUGGAAAUAAAAUUUUUUAUUAACUUCUGAGAUAAAUAUAUGUGAUAAUUCUAAUCGAAGCUAAAAAUUUAUUUUUGAAGCUUUAAUAGAUCAUUAAAGUUCAAAUUGCGUUUUAGAUUUUAUAGCUGAUGGAAGUAAUAACAUUAAUUUUAUACACCUAGGUGGACCAACAGAAUCAAUAAUUUACUUUGGUAUCAGAAAUGUUAUAAUAUAAUAUGAAAAGAUUUUGGUUUCUUGA